CGAAACUAGUCACUAACCCAUUAACAAAACCGCCAAGAUGAUACUGCUGUAUGAGCUGCAAAAGCGCAUGGCCAAUCUCAGACCCACCACCACUGUUGUUACCACCCCAACGGGCGCACGUUACGUCGAGCGUCGCAAAUCUUUGACCGCUGAUGAGGCAGAUCCCUCCAGUCCUGUACAGCUGGAAGCACGUCAAUAUGGCUUCGUGGUGGACACAAAGCCUGAUGCGGUACCCGCUUGCAUUUUAAGUGAUUUUCUCUACCUGGGUUCCCAGGAUGCCGUCAGCGUUGAGAAUGUGAAAAACUAUAAAUUGACACACAUUUUGAGCGUCGGAAUUGAAACACCUGACAUAGAACUACCGACGACGGUGAAGUGCAAGUAUUUGCCAUGUCUCGAUCUACCGGAGACAGAUCUGCUGCAAUAUGUACUGCCGGUCUCCAUAGAUUUCAUCGAGGAGGCGCGCUCCGCUAAGGGUUGCGUCCUGGUCCAUUGCAAUGCAGGCGUUUCUCGCUCCGCCUCUGUCGUUAUUGCCUAUCUGAUACAGCGACGUGACAUGUCUUUUGAAGAAGCAUACAACCUGGUCAAAUCCUGGAGACCAUGCAUACAACCCAACGCUGGCUUUAUGCAGCAGCUAAAACAAUACAAUAGGAAUUACGCCAAUUAAACUCGUGCUUGCCAUUGUAAGCAAUCAUACUGUCUUCUGCGAUUUACAUAUGAGUGUUGUAUUUAGUUGUGAAUAAUAAAUGGAGUAAUAUAUGAGUUAAUUAAAUAUUUUAA